AUGGCCUCCAACCCCCCCAGGACAGUGCUGCACAGUUGGUGUCAAGCACGAGUGAGUUGCUCCCCAGCUGCCGAGGCUCUGGCCGUGGCCCCCAAGCCCCGAGCUCCGAUCUGUGAGAUUCAAGCUUUCGAGCCCGGCUCCGAUGCCAAGCAGGGAUUGGAUGUCUCGGAACGCGAGCCCACCGGCAAAACCAUCAGGGUCGGCCAGUAUGAGACUUAUGUGGCCGAGCCCAAGGGCAAGAAGCACGAUGGUGUCGCCCUGCUCUACAUCCAGGACAUCUUCGGCAUCUGGCAGAACUCCCAGCUCAUGGCGGACCAGUUCGCCGCCAACGGCUACCACACCAUCAUCAUCGAUGUCUUUAACGGCGACCGAUUCCCCAACCCGCCGCCACAAGACAUCAUGAAGUGGUUGGCGGAGGGCACCGACGGCAACAACCCCCAUACCGUGGAGGCUGUCGACUCCAUCGUGGAAGAGGGUCUGAAGUACCUCAAGGAGCAGGGGUUCACCAAGAUCGGUGCCGUAGGGUACUGCUUUGGUGCCAAGUACGUUGUCCGCCACUACAAGGACGGCAUCAAGGUCGGUUACCUCGCUCACCCCUCCUUUGUCGACGAGGACGAGCUGGCUGCCAUCACCGGCCCACUUUCCAUCGCCGCCGCCGAGACGGACCAGAUCUUCCCGACAGAGAAGCGUCACCAGUCCGAGGAGAUCCUGCGGAAGGUCGGACAGCCUUACCAGAUCAACCUGUUCAGCGGUGUAUCGCACGGUUUCGCCGUUCGCGGUGACCUCUCGGUCAAGAUUGAGAAGUGGUCCAAGGAGCAGGCCUUCUACCAAGCCGUUGCCUGGUUUGACCAACUUUAG